CCAAACACACCGGUGAGAAACCCUACAUGUGUGGGGAGUGUGGGCACAGGACAGCUUAUAAGUAUGACUUAUCCAAACAUAUGAGAAUUCAUACAGGAGAGAAACCCUACAACUACAAGUGUGACCAGUGUGACUAUUCUGCUGCACUGAAAUCUACUUUGGCUCAACACCAAGUAACACACACUGGUCAAAAACCCUGCAUCUGCGAGAACUGUGGUUACAGGGCGGCUCAAAAGUGUGACUUAUCCAGACAUAUGAGAACCCACACAGGAGAAAGACCCUACAAGUGUGACCAGUGUGAAUAUUCUGCAGCACACAAAGGUGAUUUGGACAAACAUCUAGUAAAACACACCGGUGAGCAACGCUUCAUGUGCGGGGAGUGUGGGUACAGGUCAGCUCAGAAGUCUAACUUGUCCACACAUACGAGAACCCAUACAGGAGAUAAACCCUACAAGUGUGACCAGUGUGGGUACAGGACAGCUUGGAAGUCUCAUUUAUCCCAACAUAUGAGAACUCAUACUGGUGAAAAACCCUACAAGUGUGACCAGUGUGACUACUCGGCAGCACAGAAAUCCACCUUGGACCAACAUGUAAUAAAACACAGCGGUGAGAAACCCUACAAUUGUGAGAUGUGUGGGUACAGGACAGCGAAAAAGUCUCACCUAUCCAGACACAUGAGAACCCACACAGGAGAAAGACCUUUCAAAUGUGACCAGUGUGACUAUUCUGCAGCACACAAAUCUACUCUAGACGAACAUGUGACAACACACACCGGUGAGAAACCCUACAUGUGUGGGGAGUGUGGGUUCAGAGCGACAAGAAAGUCUGAGUUAUCCCGACAUAUGAGAACCCACACUGGAGAAAAACCCUACAAAUGUGACCAGUGUGAUUAUUCUGCAGCAAGGAAAUGUACUCUAGACGAACAUCUAACAAUACAUACUGGUGAAAAACCCAACAUGUGUGGGGAGUGUGGGUACAGGACGACCAGAAAGUCUAACUUAUCUAGACAUUUGAGGACCCACACAGGAGAAAACCCCUACUAGUGUGGGGAGUGUGGGUACAGGUUAGCUCAAAAGGCUGACCAAUUAAAACAUUGGGGUGUCUGUGUGGCGCAAAGGUUAGGUAGUAGGUCCUGAGUUCGAUACUCGCCAUGCUCCUGCCCCCAUGACGGUGGAGUGACGCCCACCGAGCCUCACGGCUAAUCUGUCUAAAGGUGCCAAAAAUGCCUACGGAUUUGGUGCUGCCAGUGUGACAACAUCUGCACGUUUACCACUAGGACCCGUGAUUUUUUUUAAUUAAACAUUUGAGGAUCCAUACAUGCGAAAAUCCUACAAAUGUAACCAGUGCGACUAUUCUGCAUCAGUGAAAUGUAAUUUAGAACAGCAUCUAGAUUAUUAACACUGUAAUAAGAAACCCUACAUGCCCUCCAGAAGUAACUAUUUCAACUGUAGUCUUAGUCUGUACCUGGUCCUCACAACGACUUUUAUAGUAAAGAAAAAUGCAUUAGAGGCAGGUUGUCUGGUGUGGGUUAUGGCAUAUGUUCUCAACAGGGGGUACGUUAUGUACCUAGUAUAGUAUUAGUGCCUAGGCAUAGAUGUACUCUUGUAAUUUGUAAA